UCUGAAUUCGCUAUCUUGUGCAUUCGUGUAAGCUUGCUUUAUCGCUGCUUCACCUUUUCUUCCUUCGAUUCUUCAAUUGGAACCUUCAACCAUGACUCUCAUGACUCCUCCGCCAUUAAAUCAUCAGGAGGACGAUGAGAUGCUGGUUCCCAACUCCGACUUCCCUGAAGGCCCUAAACCCAUGGAAGGUAAUUCCGAAGCAGAGAACAUGAGUACAGUGGAUGCUAUGGCAGUGGAUGAUCCACCAACUGCAAGGUUCACAUGGACCAUAGACAAUUUUUCAAGUCUUACAAAAAAAAUCUAUUCCGACACUUUCAGUGUUGGUGGCUACAAAUGGCGGAUACUUCUUUUUCCAAAGGGGAACAAUGCCGACCAUAUGUCGAUGUAUGUAGAUGUUGCAGAUUCGGCAACCUUGCCUUAUGGUUGGAGUAGAUAUGCCCAGUUCAGCUUGACUGUUGUUAAUCAAAUUCAUUGUAAAUAUUCAAUCAGAAAAGAAACACAGCACCACUUCAAUGCUCGUGAGAGUGAUUGGGGUUUCACUAAUUUCAUGCCGCUUGCUGAAUUGUAUGAUCCUAGUAGAGGUUAUCUUGUGAACGGUACAUGCAUAGUUGAGGCUGAUGUUGCUGUACGAAAAGUUCUUGAUUACUGGUCACUUGACUCAAAAAAGGAAACUGGUUAUGUCGGACUAAAAAACCAAGGAGCUACUUGUUACAUGAAUUCUCUUCUUCAGACAUUGUACCACAUUCCUUAUUUCAGAAAGGCUGUGUACCAUAUGCCUACGACUGAAAAUGAUAUGCCAUCAGGGAGCAUCCCUCUGGCAUUACAGAGUUUGUUUUACAAGUUGCAGUAUAGUGACACUAGUGUAGCAACGAAAGAGUUAACCAAGUCUUUUGGAUGGGAUACAUAUGAUUCAUUCAUGCAGCAUGAUGUCCAAGAACUGAAUAGAGUUCUUUGUGAAAAGCUAGAAGACAAAAUGAAGGGAACUGUUGUGGAAGGCACUAUACAGAAGUUGUUUGAAGGCCACGAUAUGAACUAUAUUGAAUGCAUCAACGUGGAUUAUAAAUCUAGAAGAAAAGAAUCAUUUUAUGAUCUUCAGCUCGAUGUCAAAGGCUGUAGGGAUGUGUAUGCUUCUUUCGAUAAGUAUGUGGAAGUGGAACGGCUUGAGGGUGAUAACAAGUAUCAUGCAGAGCAGUAUGGUUUACAGGAUGCUAAAAAGGGUGUAUUGUUCAUUGAUUUUCCGCCUGUUCUUCAGCUUCAGUUAAAACGGUUUGAGUAUGAUUUUAUGCGAGACACUAUGGUAAAGAUCAAUGACCGCUAUGAGUUCCCUAUGCAACUAGAUCUUGAUAGGGACAAUGGCAAGUAUCUAUCUCCUGAUGCAGACAGAAGUAUUCGCAACCUAUAUACACUUCAUGGUGUUUUGGUUCACAGUGGUGGGGUUCAUGGUGGACACUACUAUGCUUACAUUAGGCCAACUCUAUCAAAUCAGUGGUUUAAAUUUGAUGAUGAACGAGUAACGAAAGAAGAUAUAAAGAGGGCUUUAGAAGAACAAUAUGGUGGUGAAGAAGAGUUACCGCAUACAAAUCCUGGGUUCAACAACUCUCCUUUUAAAUUUACAAAGUACUCAAAUGCAUAUAUGCUUGUUUAUAUACGUGAAAGCGACACAGAGAAGAUAAUUUGUAAUGUGGAUGAGAAGGACAUUGCUGAACACCUUAAAAUAAGAUUAAAGAAAGAACAAGAAGAAAAACAGCAAAAGAGGAAGGAGAAGGCCGAGGCUCACUUGUACACCAUCAUAAAGGUUGCCCGUGAUGAAGAUCUACAUGAACAGAUUGGGAAGGACAUAUUCUUUGAUCUUGUAGAUCAUGAUAAAGUGCGGAGUUUUCGCAUUCAAAAACAAAUGCCCUUUAUCCUUUUCAAGGAAGAAGUUGCCAGAGAGCUAGGUAUACCUGUCCAGUACCUACGUUUUUGGUUGUGGGCAAAGCGCCAAAACCACACAUAUAGGCCUAAUAGACCACUGACACCUCAGGAUGAAACACAAUCAGUUGGACAAUUAAGAGAAAUAUCUAAUAAGGGAAAUAAUGCUGAGCUGAAGUUAUUUUUGGAACUGGAAAUGGGGCAGGUAAUGUUUUUCUUGGAUUUGCGGCCUAUUCCUCCUCCUUUGAAGCCUAAAGAGGAGUUGUUGCUAUUCUUUAAACUUUAUGAACCUUCAAAUGAGAAGCUUCGAUAUGUUGGGAGGCUUUUUGUGACGGGUAGUGGGAAGCCAGUAGAUAUAUUGACAAAACUAAAUGAAAUGGCUGGAUUUGCUCCUGAUGUCGAAAUUGAAAUGUUUGAGGAAAUAAAAUUUGAACCUCAUGUUAUGUGUGAACAUGUUAACAAGACAUCUACUUUCCGUGAAAAUCAGCUUGAGGAUGGUGAUAUUAUUUGCUUCCAGAAAUCCCUCCAUGUUGGAACUAGAGAACAAUAUCGUUAUCCAGAUGUUCCUUCAUUCUUGGAAUAUGUGCAUAAUCGUCAGGUUGUUCGCUUUAGGUUUUUGGAGAAACCAAAAGAGGAUGAAUUCUCUCUUGAGUUGUCAAAGCUCCACACCUAUGACGAUGUUGUUGAAAGAGUCGCUCAACAUCAUGGUUUAAAUGAUCCUUCUAAAAUCAGGCUUACUUCUCAUAACUGCUACUCCCAGCAACCUAAACCACAGCCUAUUAAAUACCGAGGAGUGGAACAUUUGUCUGACAUGCUGGUUCACUAUAAUCAGACUUCGGAUAUUCUAUACUAUGAAGUAUUGGAUAUCCCUCUACCAGAAUUGCAAUGCCUAAAAACUCUGAAAAUUGCUUUCCAUCAUGCCACCAAGGAUGAAGUGGUGAUUCAUACCAUUAGAUUACCCAAACAUAGUACUGUGGCAGAUGUAAUUAAUGAUCUUAAAUCAAAGGUAGAUUUAUCACAUCCUGGUGCAGAACUUAGAUUGGUUGAAGUUUUCUAUCACAAGAUCUACAAGAUUUUCCCAGUCAGUGAAAAGAUUGAGAGUAUUAAUGAUCAAUAUUGGACACUCCGAGCAGAGGAGAUUCCUGAUCAAGAGAAAAACCUCGGCCCUCAUGAUCGGUUGAUCCAUGUUUAUCAUUUCUUGAAAGACAGUGCUCAAAAUCAGGGGCAAGUUCAGAACUUCGGAGAUCCUUUUUUCUUGGUUAUCCAUGAGGGUGAGACAUUAGCUGAAGUCAAAUUGCGGGUGCAAAAAAAGUUGCAAGUUCCUGUUGAGGAGUUUUCAAAGUGGAAGUUUGCGUUUCUGUCACUUAGUCGUCCUGAGUACCUUCAAGAUUCAGAUGUUGUUUCUACUCGGUUUCAGAAAAGGGAUAUAUACGGUCCAUGGGAGCAAUAUCUUGGACUGGAACACACUGACAAUGCUCCAAAAAGGUCCUAUGCAGCUAAUCAGAAUCGUCACACAUUUGAGAAGCCAGUAAAAAUCUACAACUAGAAAAAAUAUUCAUCAUCUGGAUCAGUAAAUUUAAUAGUACUAUAUGCUAGAAGCACUUGUAACAUUUUGAAGGUAACAAGAAGCGUGGAGAAGCUGUCAAUCUUCUUAAGUAGUCUGUUCAAAUCCAUAAUUUUUUGUUUAUUUUUUUUUAGCGGAGGGUUUGGGGAUGACUAUAGCCUUGAAUAGUAAUUUAAAAUCUUGUCUCUUCGGCACUCAUAUUUUCGGUGGUUUGGAGGUUGAGUUUUAAAUUCCUAGACCAUUUGGUACAUAAGAUUUUGGGUUGGGUUGUGUAUAGAAAGUAUAGGUAUACUUAAUUGUUUUUUAUGUCCUGGUUCUCCCAUUGUGGAUUUUUGUUUCAGAGAUAUUUCUGACAGGAUGGGGAAUGUGUAUUAUGUUUCUCUGCAGGGUUUAACAUGUAAAUUAUCCUGUGCCUUCUUUCACCAAAAAUUUUGUUGGAGGCGUACUGAUUUGUGUUUAAAGGAAAACAUUAAUUUACCGUC